GAAAAAUAAAAAUUCGACGGUAAACAAAGGGUGUUGAAGCCGCAGCGGCAUAAAAGAACACCAUCUCCCAGAGUGCUUUGCAUCGUCCUACGUUUGCGUCAGUAGUGCGACGAAAAAUCCGUAGCUAGCUAAACAAACCAAACCCCGGUGUGUUUUGAAACGUAAUCUAAUGAUGGAGUUGGACCAGCCAAAAGAAGACGGUGCUCCAGCCCAGCCAACACCACCCGCAGCACCUGAACCUCAGUCAAAGAAGCCAACUCAGGCUGUGUACGUCCCCAAGCAACGACUCCAGGGCCCCAAAGACAAAGCUCAGACUCAGGGAGAAGUAAAGCCGAGACCCAGGCCUCGCUACACGGACAAGGCGAGGAAGAACGCCAGGAACAAGAAGGACAAGGCUGGAGCAGCAGCAGACAAGGGAGCUGCUGAUGGAGGUGAGGUACAGAAUGGUGAUCCUGAUGUGAAGGAAGAGCGGUUGCAGGAUGCAGAUGUGCAGGUUAAUAAUGGGCAGCCUGACCCAACCGAUGGGGAGGCCAAUGUUGCCUCAAGGCUGGAAGCAACAGCUGCUCAGGAAGAGGAGGAGGAGGACGAGGAAGAGGAGAGUUGGGACACCUUGUUCAAUGAUGAUGGAGACUGUCUGGAACCCGCCCUUGAAGAGCUGGCUAUAAAGGAAGGUAGAAAGAAGAAGUCAAUGCAGGAGCCCAGGUUUGAUUACUACAACAUGGAUGGAGAUGACGAAGAUGACAUCGACCUCACAGAGGACGAACUUGCCCACAUUGUAGAGAUCUACGAGUUCCCUGCAGAGUUUAAGACCGAGGACCUUCUCAAGUUAUUUCAGUGCUACCAACAGAGAGGUUUUGACAUCAAAUGGAUUGAUGACACACACGCCCUGGGCCUCUUCUCAAGCCCCGUAGCAGCUCGUGAAGCUUUAAGGUCCAAACAUCCUCUGAUGAAGUUGCGUCCUCUGUCCAAAUCCUCCGCUGCCAUAAAGGCCCAAGCUCGUAGCAGCUCAGAUUACCUCCUGCCUGCUAAAGAGAGACCUCAGACGAGUGCAGCACUGGCUCACAAGCUUGUGAUUGGUGCCCUCGGUGUAAAGAGCAAUGUGACGAAGGAGCAGCGUGAGGCAGAGAAGAGGAAGCUCCAGGAGGCCAAAGGUGCAACAGAGAUGUUAUUUUCAGCUUAUGAAUGAGAUCAAAAGCGCCUGGCAGCCAAACAGAAGGAAGAUGCUUGGGAGGGAAACUGACUGGACAGAAAAGUACUGUUUUAUUUUUGUUUUGUUUUUUAAGAUUCCUUGAUUCAGCAGAGGCUAAAGUCUUCUCUGUUUCUUCUCCUGCUCUGUUUUUGUCAACUGGCCACUCCUUCCUACCACCGCGCUUCCCAGAAAUGGAUUCCCACCAAUUUGUUUCCUUCUUUCGGCCACAGUCCUUCACCAACUGUUAGUCAACGUCUCAUCAUCCACUGUCCAUUUGCCUGCAGUGUUACAUCAGAUGAGUGUCCUACUAUUGUUCCCUCACGUUUAUAUCCCAUGCAGGGACUGUUGCCUCUGUGCCAUGGCCGGGGAUAACACAACUGACUCGCCUGGGUUUUCUUUCAUAUUUCUUAACAUUGUAACCACAGUCUGUAGUGAAGUACCAGGUCUCACCAUUUGUCUAACCCACCUGAAUAGAUCUAAAAACUUGUUUGUUUUUAUAUGUUUUUCUUUAUGUUUUUAAAGAUGACCCAAGUUAAUCCACCUGUAAAUGUGAGGGAAUCAAAGUUUUCUGUUAAAGCUCUCGUAAUAUUAAAUUCAGUCACGAUAUAUGCUAUACUAUACUCUACUCUAUAUGAAGACUUUAUUGACUCUGUUUGACGACCCGUUAGCUUGUCUUAUUAAACAUUUUCUGAGAAGUGAAAAGCCUCCAAAGAAGCUGCUGCUAUCGUUCUUCCAGUUUCAUGACUCGUCUAUCUGUUAAAUCCUACAGGCGUACAUAUUUUUGUGCUUGUCAGUACACAGUUUCAACAAGAGCAGUCUUGUUGUCCAAGCUGAACUGAUGAUGAUGAUAAUACGGUUGACAUUCAUUCUGAAGAAACAAAUGUUGACAGACUGAUUUAGUCUUCCAUCUCGCUAGCCAGUUAAAAAAUUAGAAAACCAUUCAAGGGUUUGUUUUCGGAAAAGACUUUAGAGCAGUCCUGUUUGUGCAUGUGUAACGUGACCGUCAAAUAAUUGAGGCAACAUUUUUGGAGGCAGAAAAUGGUCCUUUUAACAAAUUGACCUGUUCAUGACAUUGUGAAUAACAUACAUCUCAUCUGGUGCUAGUAUAUUUGAAUACUUCCUGAACUGAGUAGUAUUGGGUCUUAAGCUGCGUUCCGAUCCACAGUGUACACAAACAGUAGUCUCUACUCCCUGCUCCCUGUUCAGGGAAUGUCAGUUAAGGGAACUUUACUCGACUAAAUUCCUCCAUCCGUAACACCCUGCAACGUCACCAACGCAGACAUCAUGUCCUCUGUGCGUUGGUAGGCUAAGGUCAACACCUCAGAUACCUGUUGCUGCUACUGGGGAAAUAAAAUACUAAAUAUCUCCUGCGAGAACCCUGAAUUAUUAGUAAGAUAUCAAUAACAUUAUUGCUAAACUCCGCAAUACUUGGCAAACAGCGAUGUCUCCAGAGCACAACGCCGGCUGCAGCAUGAGAGCUUACGGCAGCUAACAUUAGCGGCUAGCAUAGCCCAAUGCUCACGUUUGCAUUGCAUGAUGCAAUGACUGAUGGGUGGUGCAUGUUGCAAUGACUGAUGGGUAAUCUUGCUUGUCAACUUGUGAAGUGAAGAGCCGUUGUUCAGCUCUUCCUUACACAGUUCACAGUUCCCUUUUGAACUGGGCAUUUUAACUCCCUACGGUUUAGAAUCUUAAUGAACAUGACUGAAUAUCCUGAGCAGUCCACUUCGCAGGGAACUGCUAUGCGAUCGACGCACCCUUAAAGUGGCUGUACAGUGACAGAUCUAGGGUCAGUAAACUUUAAUGAAACUAAUGAGCAGAUAUCGCAUUUUGUCUGAAUACAUUUCAAUUUGUCAAGAUGAAAUAUUUCCGCUGAAGAAGGCAAGUUCAACUCCAGUUUUGGUGACAUGUUUCGGCUCCAGUUGAAGUAUUGCACCAUCUAUUAGUUGAGAAAAUUCUGCAACAUUAUGGUUUAUCACAACUCUUUCAAAUUGCUUUAGAUUUAAAAAAAAUAAUAAAAAUGUGUGGUUGUCGGUCUCAACAUGCUGUUCUUCUUUGUUCCUGGAAUGUUGAGAUUUUGGACUUUUCACUAGAGAGAGGAAAACGUUUCCUAAUUCAGAGUCCGCUUUUAUAAUUCAGCUUCGUGACACACAAACAUCCAGGCUCAGGAGACUUAAGUGACGGCUGGAGGCAGCUGCCUCCUCUGAGGCUUCACCCAGCUGCAACCACAGACCAUGUGACACUGCGUCUCCUUCACCUCAGCUAAUUAUCCAGUCUUAUUCUCCUGCUUGAGAAAAGAGCUGCACAUUUAUCAUUUGUUUUACUGCUAGUUAUUUCAAUUUUAUAUCCACUUCAAAAUAAAAUGUGCUGUUACUUUUUGACCUCACUAGCUAGCUGUUAGUGGACAUGUUAACAUAGUAAUACAACAGAUUGCUGGGUACAUAAAUAUUAGUAAAGGUUAUCAUUCAUGGUCAAACAAGUCUGCAGACAUCAUUUAAUUAAGUAUUUGUGUGGAAUUCAUCUCUACCAGUACUAUAUAUAUAUAUAUAUAUAUCAAUACAUCAGUGCAGUCCAUUACUGCUGUAAGGAACCCAGUUUGUAUAACAGUUUAGAUCAUUGGCUGAGGGUGACGGUGACACAGUGCCACGUGGCGCAUAGUGGGCGGAUUAAAGUGCUGCAGCCUCAGAGGAGGCAUCAUUACAUGUUCACUUUUUGUGUUCAUUUCUUUUAAAAUCAGUAGUUCACAAUGAGCUUGGCAAUUUAACAUUCACGCUAUUCAAAUACAACCUCUGCAGGUACUGAUCUCUUUCCAAAGUGUUUCCAAAGAUGUAUUUGUACAGCAGAAGCAUCAGGAGUGAUGGAUUUAUGUUCUAUAAUGUCAACGCAUCAUACUUAAGGUUGAUGAAAAUGCAUUUGACAGCAUGUGUUUUAAGUGUUUUGGGCAGGACAUAAAGCAGGGAAUAUCAGUUAGAGAAACACUAUUCUCUUUAAUGGGGUAUUAAAAAAAACAAUGAUAGCAUAGUAUGUUAUAGUUUUUAUUUAUGCCUACCAUUAUGUAAUAAUUUAAGUCAACGUAAUGCGAUGUAAAGGUAAAUAUGCCAAGAAGAAGAAAUUAUUUUAAAUCUUGUGAUUCUUAUUAUUUGCUACAUUACAUUGAACUUGAAAUGGUCAUAUAGUUUGACUCACUCAUAGUAGCUUACAAUUUUUGCAGAUUGUGUUCCCUCUUUCUAGUGUUCAGAUCAUGUUGUGAAAUAUUAAACCCUUCUCUUGUUA